GCGCGCGCAUGCCGGGUGGCGGGAAGCCUGUAAGUGCGAGUUAAGCUGUGUGUUGGCGGCGCCCGACCAUGGCCUCGGAGCGCGCGGGCCUCGCUCGCUCGCGGACGCUGUUCCUGCAGGACGACGGCAGCCCCAUGCGCUUCUACGUGCGGCCCGGGCCCGCCAAGCUGCAGCUCGCGCCGCUGAUCCUGGCGGGCGGCGGGCGCCUUUGCCGCGUGCAGGAGCCGGGCGCGGUGCUGCUGGCCCAGCCCGACGAGCGGGGCGCCACGGGCAACUUCGUCUCCACCGAGUACGUGCGGCGCUGCGUGGAGAGGAACGAGCGGCUGCCGCUGGAGCAGUACCGGCUGGCGGCGGAGCAGGCCCCGGGCCCCGCCGGCGCCUCGGCCGGCCGCUCUGCCUUCACGGGCUCCGAGGACGAGGCCAUCCUGCUGUACGUGCGGGACCGGGCGCAGGGCAGCGUCACCGGCACCGUGCUCUGGAAGGAGAUGGAGCGGACCCGCCUGACGCCGCACACCUGGCAGGCCAUGAGGGACCGCUAUCUGCGGCACUUGCGGGGCCAGGAGCACAAGUACCUGCUGGGCGGGCCCGGCGCCGAGCCGCCCCGCAGCCUCGCCAGGAGCGCCCGGCAGCCGGCGGAUAGCGAGUUCUGGAGGAAGAAAGUAGCUGAUGUACCCCAAGGAGUGGUUCAAGACCAAUUAACAAAAGAAAGUAGCCUUUUCCAGCUGGCUAACAAAGAAUUUGAAGGCAGUGAGUCAGAAAAUGAGACCUCUGACCUUCAGGAAGAAAAUCCUGCAAAAGAUGAAGAGCUGAAGUCCCCUGAAAAAACAGUCUCCAGUCAGAAAAUGGAACUCAAAGAAUUGGUAACUGCUGAGGACUCUGCUAUAAAUGAAACUCAGCCUCAAGAGGAGGAAAAGCCCAUAAGGUCUUGCCCUUCCCCCACUGAGGUGGCAGAUGCAGUGAAGACAGUACAGCACUUCAUGGAGGAAUUCAGCAUGGACCUCUCAACUGUUACACAAGCCUUUCUGAAAAACAGUGGUGAAGUGGAGGCCACUUCCUACUUCUUACAUAACAGUCAGCGCUUGGAUGGAUACCCUAUAUGGAGCAGACAGGAUGAUUUAGAUUUGCAGAAAGAAGAUGAAAAUGUCAAAAGCAAAUUAAUAGCAAAAUUUGGAGCUCAGAACGUGGUAAAGCGAGUUGCGUUCAGGAAGAGUUAGAUAGUAACUUGUGAAUGAUGGUUCAUGGACUGGGACCCUCACAGGAGUGCAGGAAAUGAAACUUGCAUCUCUGACCUUCAUGGAAGAAAGGGUGAGGAUUUGUAGAUGGUCUGAAGUUUCUAGGAUAGCCACUUGCAAUCUCAUUUCAUACAGAAAAAUCUCAUUAAAUUAAAAAGACCUCUGUGCCAAACAGUUUGUCCUUUCCAUCAUUUUCUGUAAAACUUUUUUCCCUUGAGUUUCCAUGUUUAUGCAAGGCCUUGUUUUAUAUUUGAUUUUUAUUUUUGUACAUGCUGAGUACCCCGCUGAUAAAUCUAAAAGUAAGAUAUUGGAUGAAGAUGAGAGCUCCUUAAUCUCUUCAGAGCCAAGUGGCUGAGCAGUGGAAACCAGCUUUUUACUAUACACAGAGGGGAGAGGAAGGAAGAGUCUGCACAUUGGUGCGUUGAGAUGGGAUGAUACAUGAACAUGCAUUUCAACAUACUUUAAUUUGCAUUAAUGUGGGAAGGUGUGCCUCAUUAUACAAAUAAAAACAGCAUCGUUCUCUU